AUGGCAGCUACUAGACCAACACGGGGAGAUACCCUCCAAAGCUCUCUAGCCGACUUACAUCCACUCCUCGACGAUCUCUCACGAAUCACUAAUCCUGAAGUGAUUCCUCAUGAUCAAUUGAUGGGAGCGUUGGACUCUGUCCGAUUCCAAGUCGAUAAUUAUAAGAAAGGUAAAUCAAGUAAGGAACGGAAAGCGAGCGACGAUAACGACCGCGAGAGGUAUAAAAUAGACCUGAGGAUUCAGAAUGAAAUGGAUGAGAUUGGUGUGAAGAUAUGGAACAUGACUACAGAGCUGGAACGAAUGUUUGGAAAGAAGAUGAAAGAAAAUGAACGAUUGAUCGCUUCACUUCGACAUACUUCUUUCCGAUUACUGGAGGUUUCGACCGAUCCGAAACAGCACUUAAGAUUGGUGAUUCGUUUGCUUCGUGCUGCCUCAGAAGCCGUGUCUUCCCUUGCUCAAGCCGAUCAAAUGGCGACAGCUGAAGAGCUUGCCCUUCUGGGUGCAGAGUAUCAUCACACCAUCAGCUCCAGCUCCUCGAAUGCCCCAGAUGAAAUUGAGGAAGCAGAGAAAACCCAUGCUAUAUUGUAUUUCCUCCUUGCCAGGGUUGAUCUAGAAAUCUCAAAGAAGAACGAUAAUCUCGCUUUGAGCUUCAUGGUCAAAGCAUCGAACCUCGAUUUAGAUGGAACGAUGGAUCCACUUGAGUGCCAAGAAAUGGCGAUCAAAUGCUGGUCGAUCGCUCAAGAAUUGCGAUCUCGUCAGAAGGCUACGAAAGCUGUCUCUUUCACCACUUCACCGAUCGAGUGGCUUCAGCAAGGUUUAGUGAUCAUCGAAAAGGUCAAAGAGCGUAGCGCUCAUGCAUACGUGUUGAAUAAGAUUCGUACCACGAUCUUGCAAACCAUCGCGCAAGCACAUCUCAAGAACGCUUCGGACGACCAGCAUGCACUCCAAGAUGCAAUAGAAUCACUGGAAGCGAUCAUCAAAAUGGCUGAUCCUAUGGAUCAACGUACAGCGACGCCAAUACGGCUGCUUCAGAUUCAUUUGCUUUCGAAACGGACGAUCACCAACGACCAUGCGACUGUACGGAAAGCUUUCGAAGAGUUGCUGAAAAGUACGAAAUGGUCGGAAGAAACGAGUAGAACCUUCGCUCAGCUACAACUUUUGAGCGCAGAUCAUCCAGAAAUACCCGUGAAUCUCGCACAGAUCAUCCUUCAUCAUGCUCUGGCCCAGGAUGAAGGCCGACCACACGUAUCGCGAAUCGUCUACGAGGGUGUCUUUUUAGCUCGACAAUGUGCUGUUGCUCAGCCUCAAGCAGGGUAUAACGGUGUCUUAUCCAUGUUGGACUCGGUAGUCAUGAAUGGCUCAGAAAGACUAUUGGAUCGUACCAGAAUUAUGGCUAUUCAAAUGAUCCUCAACAGUAUGGCGGGAAAGGCUUAUGAGAGCAAAGGACGAUUUGAAGAUGCAGCUCGUUGGUACCUUCUGGCAGCUCAUCCGGCACUCCUCUCGGACAAAGCAGAGAUAACGACUCGCUGCAGAAGGAAAGCCGCCCUUUGCUACAUUCGAUCGGGGGAUCUGACAUCAGCCGAGAAAGAAAUUGCACAAUGUCCUGCGGGAGAAGCUUCAACACAACAUCUAGCCUUUCUGAUCGCUGAGAAACGGGACGACAUUGAUAAAGCCAAAGCUGCUAUCAUCAACAUGAUUGCUUGUCAAGACGUGCAACCUAGUCAGAUCCUCCUGAUAACAUCAUUAGCGGAGAAGAAAGGAUCGAAGAAACUGCUGUUUGCGGCGCUUCAGACGUUGUUCAAUGUCUUACAGCGACCAGACCUGAAAGAGGGCUUCAAAGUUGAGAGUUUGACCGUGAUCAGGAGCAUGAUACGCAUUACCAGAUUGCAAUUUGACGGAACCGCCGAGAAAGAUGUUUUAGGGGAGACAGUCGUCGGACUUCUUGACUCGGCCAUAGCCUUGUUCAGGCAAAGCCCACAGGAAUAUAGAUCCCAGGUGAAGAGCAUCUCAUGGCUGUUCCGGAUAGCCUAUAAUGUGGCGGUAGAGCAACUUGCAAAUCUCUCAGCCAAAGUCUUAUCCGACUUGUUUGAUCGCUCGGCUCAAUUGAUCGACUGGUACCGCGAUUUCAAUCCUGCUGGAUUGGAUUCGGAUUUAGAGAAGAUUCGCGCUUCAGCGAUGUUUUCAUGUUUUUGUGGGAAGACUUUUCAAUAUCGGGAUCUCCCUGAGAGUGAAGAAAAGCUCUUGUUGCGCACUCAGCUCACACAGUACUUCACCAUCGUCAAACAGGCGUUACCUCGCGAUGAAGAAGGGAAAUCAAACAAAAUGAGAGAUUUGCUGGAGGUAUAUCACAUCGAGCUCCUGUGCGAUGCCUCCAAUUGGGAAUUGAUCGGAGAACUCAUAGCUACGUUCAAGAGUACGAACUUAGCAGACAGUGAUAGGUCUAUCAGAAAAUUGGAGAUGGUCGUGAAUCUGCUGCUCGACCACCCAGGCUGCCCGCCUAGGCUCAUUCACGAUACAUUGGACACAAUUAUCAAGACUUGCGUAAUUACCAAUGAAACUGAGGUCGUCCGAUUCUCCAGGUGGAUACGAGGUAUAAUGAUGAUCCUUCUGCCCAAAAAUGGACGAGCGGAACAAAUCACCGUGAAAUCAUACCUAUCCAGAGUACACAAGGUACUCCAAACGGCUUUGGGAUCUCAAAACUACCCUCACGAUGAAAUGCAAUGGCUGAUCGCUACGACUUGGAAUCGAGGUUUGGACGACCACCGCAAUUCGAGGCUGAACGAUGCGAGAAGCUGGUUCGGUCUCUGUCUAAAAUUGGCAGAUUGUAUGCCUGAGGGUGUUAUCAACAUGCCAAGUCUCAAGAAGCAAUACUCGCAACUCUUCUCCAGUCGAGACCCUUCGAGGUGA